AUGUUUUCGUCGUCCAAAAAGGAUGUGAAAAAUGCCGAGCGUCAAAUGCAGAUGUUUGAGAUUGAGAUGAUGCAGCAUGUUUUCUCAAACAUGACCAAUAGUUGUCUGAAAAAAUGCAUUCCGGCCAAAUAUUCAGAUGGGGAUUUGACCAAGGGUGAAGCUGUUUGCUUGGACCGAUGUGCGGCGAAAUUCAUGCAAGCCUACAUGCAUGCCACGAAGAAGUUGUCCACGAUGACUGUUCCUGAGGCGGCUGCUUCCCAGCUCGCCACAGCCGCGCAGAGCUAA